GGAACACAGGAUGCUGAGAACUGCUCUCUCUGGCUUAACGGAAGGUUGCCGCUAUGUCCACAUUGUGCUGUUGGACUGCUGCAUCUUGUUAAGGAUUCGCCAACUCGAACUGUGCUUGGAAUUUGGGUUAGCAGUUGGUAACAGCAUCCAGUUGGAGUUCAGCAUUGGAAGACUGUCCUUUUUUACGUCCACUGGCUUUGAGUGCCGCCGCCUUUAUGGGAUCUAGUUUUGUUUCUGCUUACAUCAUCAUAAAAGUGCUCUCCUUCUGUGGGAUUAGCAUUAGCAUGUCGCUGUAGCCAAAGCGAGACCUGGUACCUCGUUCAAUUUUUUAAAAGGCUUUCUUUGCCAAGGAUUUUCAGGAGCACUUUCAGCAUUUAAAUUUCAUCUGUCUCCAAGCUUGUCAAGAACAGAACCGCCUGUCCAUUUUUGAACGAAACCAGAGGAGGCUAAUUUCAUAAUUGUUCUGCUUUGAAGGCCCAUCACCAGAAGCAAAGAUGCUGAACCAGGGGGCUGUGAUGAUCUUCACAGGGAUCUGUGGGGCGUUAGUGGUCAUGGCAGUGGCCUACUACGCCUACUGGUCGGUGGUACUAAGUGAAGGGCCGUGUAAAAGAGGGUUGUAGAGACGAACGCGCUGUGCAGUGUGUGUGUGUGUGUGUGUGUGUGGAAGGGCUCUCAGUCAUGGGUGUGGUGGCGUGGCUGAAGAGCCUGUUCGUCCUGCAGCUCUUGAUUGGCUUUGUGUUCGUGGUGAGCGGCCUCAUUAUCAACUUCAUCCAGCUGUGUACCUGUGUGCUGUGGCCCAUCAACAAACAGCUGUACCGCAAGAUCAACACCAGACUCUCCUACUCGCUAUGGAGCCAGCUGGUGAUGCUGUUAGAAUGGUGGUCUGGCACAGAGUGCACGCUGUACACCGAUCAGGCCACGGUGGAUAAGUUCGGUAAAGAGCACGUCAUCAUCAUCCUCAACCAUAACUAUGAGAUCGACUUCCUGUGUGGCUGGACCAUGUGUGAGAGAUACGGCGUACUGGGGAGUUCUAAGGUUCUGGCUAAACACGAACUGCUGAAAGUUCCUCUGAUCGGCUGGACGUGGUACUUCCUGGAAAUUGUUUUCUGCAAGCGGAAGUGGGAGGAGGACAGAGAAACCGUCUUCAGUGGGCUGAACCGUCUCCGAGAUUACCCAGAAUACAUGUGGUUCCUGCUGUACUGUGAAGGAACGAGAUUUACGGAAAAGAAACAUCAGAUAAGCAUGCAGGUGGCUGAGAGUAAGGGCCUUCCAAAACUGAAGUACCACCUGCUGCCCCGCACCAAAGGAUUCACCACUACACUGCAAUGCCUCAAGGGAACAGUGAAAGCUGUGUACGAUGUCACGCUGAACUUCAAAGACAAGCAGAACCCGACCCUGCUGGGCAUCGUUAACGGGAAGAAAUACAAAGCAGACCUGAGCAUCAGGCGCUUUCCUGUGGAGGAGAUUCCUGAUGAUGAGAAGGAGUGUGCUCACUGGUUACACAAGCUCUACCAAGAGAAGGAUGCGUUACAAGAACACUAUGAGAAAGAAGGCCGUUUCCCCGGCCCCACCAUCAAAACCAAACGUCGCGUUUGGACACUUCUGAACUUCCUGUUUUGGGCUACUCUCCUGCUUUCUCCGCUUAUUAACUUUGCCUGGGAUGUGUUUGUCAGUGGUUCUCCCCUUCUCAUCAUUGGCUUUAUGAUCUUCCUCAUUGUUGCUUCUGUAGCAGUCCGUCGGCUCAUUGGUGUAACCGAAGUGAAGAAGACCGGAUCCAGCUACGGCAACACAGAGGCCAAGAAGGAGAACUAAACAUUGUUAGUGUGUCAACACCGUGUGGCCACUGUAUCGCUCACCCUGCAGUCCAGCCUCAGGCUCAAAGCUGCCCUGUGUGCAGUUACCCUUUUUUUUUUUACAAAAAAAAAAAGUAAU